AUGGGGGGAAAAACGAACUUGUGCGAGCUGUACCGCACGUACUGCGCGGAGGAGGGUUGUCGCGUGAACUCGGCAGUCCUGCAGUACAUUGAGAGCCGUGGGGCGAUGUGCCCGCUGGAGAAGCUUGAGUUGGGCAGCAAUUAUCUCGGGGCUCGCGGACUGCGCCCCAUCAUACGGCUUGUGGAGUACUCCCAGACCCUCACUUCCCUCGUUCUUGACGGCAACGGGGCGGACAAUGAGACGGUUGACCGGCUCUGCGAGGUCCUUGAGAAGCACUUGAGCAUACAGUACCUGAGUCUGCGCAAGAACCCCAUCACAGUGACGGGAGGGAAACGUCUGCUGGCGCUUGUGAAGCAAAAUCCGCGCAUAGUCGGCGUUGACCUUCAAGACACCGAUGUCUUUGAUGCACUCAUCUACAAGAUUACAAAAGUCACGGAGUCCAACCAUGGACGAGGAAUGCGAGAGAGACCGCAGCUGACCGCGACAGAGCUGGACGGAACGCAAAUGUCCCGUGGACAUAUCGGGACUGCAGCGACGCGGCCCUCGGCGGAGAGGCCAACCCUAAGCACACUGCCCGCCAUCUCACGGGAUGCGGCUGGGAAGGAGGCGCUCUCAAAAGUCAUCGGGCCGCUGCCGCAUCGGUCAAGCGUCGCACCGGUGAUCACGAAGAUAAGAACGCGGCCGCUGGAGCCUGCGCUCGCCUCGAAGGAGUGCGGACGACUGCCGGAUUUGCAGCGGCAGGAAUUACAGCGACGCUACAAGGAGAAGGCGAUCCUGUCUCGCGAGAUUAACAGCAGCCAGGCGAGUAGGGCGGCGGACCGUGCGCGGGAGGAGUUGAUGUUGUUGGAAAAAACCGCGAAGAGCUCUUCGUCCCGCAAGAAGAGUGGAGCGAAGACGACGACGGCGGUCUCCCUGCCGGAAAACACGAAGAACCGGAAAUCGCCUCUAUCCCAUCACGCACAGACCACCGAUUUUACCGAAAUGGCGAGUCCAAAGAUCAAUGUGGAUGCGUCUUUAUUGCCACAACAGCAGAAGGAUAAGGAUAACGGCAUGCAGGGUCCAGAGGAAUUGGAUGCCGCAGCGAGCAUUUCCAACUCUACAGGUGAGUUGAUUGUGAAAGGGAAAAGUGGCGAUAACAACGAGGCCGGUGCAGACGCAACCCCUCUUCCGGACGCUGAUGCACAUGUUGUGGCACCAGCCGAGCAAACGGAUGCUGAAGAUGCGAUUGCGAAAAAAAAAACAGAAUCCGAAUUGGUUGCAACAAACAAUUCGGACGACAUUCCACUGGAUAUUUUGCGGGACACGCCUCAGUGGAUGAUGCUUGACAGCAACGAGCAGUUUCAGCGUCUCUUUGACGGUGGCUGCCGCGCCUAUGUGAGACACGACUUUGAUGAGGCGUAUACGACGUGGAAUGAGGCGAUGAACAUUGCGGCAAGUAAAAAGAAUCGGGAGUGGAUGGCAGUUCUUUCAAGCAACCUGAAGCGUCUGAGUUACGAGAUUUUGGUGCGCGAGGGGGUAGAAGAGCUCAAGCAGGACCAUCUUGAGGAGGCAGAUCUUAUUUUUCAGCGUGCCCAGGAAGUGGCGCAGGAGGCACGCAACGCCAAGUGGGAAGCCGAUAUGCACAAGGCACGGAAAGAUGUGCAGCACGCUGUCUUUCAGCGCUGUCAUGAGGCGGCGUUGAAGGUGUUCGAGCGGGCACAGCAGGUGCAUGAGCACAAACUGACCGAGGACGAUUACUUCGUUGUUCCCGGUACGGACGUGAUGGUGCAACACACAGAGACUUACGUGAAUGUGUGGCCUCGCAUGCUGCUAGUGAAGGAGGCUGUGGAAAUGUGGGCGGCGUCGCGGCGUGUGACUCAGCGUAUUGGCGGCACAGAAAGUCGUGUCCUACAGAAUGUUGUUAAUGAGGCACUUGACACAGUCGCGUGUUUUCUCGCAAAGCGGUGCUUUGACACGGAGGACACGCAGUCUUUGAGCUGGAUGCGCACCUCCCUCUACAGCUACCAUGAGUGCGUCAUGCUAAGUUCACUGUGGACAGACAUGGCCUCCUGUGACGUGUUCGCGGAACACCACAAACUCUUUGCAGCCCUUGCAGCCGCGCAAAUUGGGAACUUUUACCUCGCAACCAACCAACUCAGCGAGGCACAGGCGCAGUUUGACACGCUUGAAUGGCUUGCGGGGGAGCUCGACGAUCCGCUCCUGCGUGCGGCCGGACACACAUUCAGUGCCAUUGUCAAUUGGCAACGUUCACGGUACGCCGCGGCAGAACCCCUGUUGCGCGCAGCAGUGCUAGAAUGGGGCACACUUCGUGAUGCAUCUUCGUCGCAGCGCAAAAAAGAAAACGGGGGUGACGACACCGCCGACAGCAAUGAGGACAAAACUUGCGGCUCGAAACUGCUUGCGUCUGUGCCGACGGAUUAUUUCUCCAUCAUGGAGUCUGUUAGCUUCAAGUACCUCGUCUCCAGUAUUGCAAGCACGUACCGUUACAGUGAGGCACUGGAGGUACUGGAGCACAGCCUUGUGUGCAAGUACCGCGACCUCUUGUUUGACAAGAUGCGGGUAAACUUUGGCGCCCAGCCGACUUUGGAGCACAUUGUGGCGACAUCGUCGCUGAUUCGAUCGCCGUUUAUUUAUCAGGUGGCGACACACCGCUAUGAUUGGUCCGUGGAUGAGCGAUGUUACGUGGUGGAUGAGAAGUUGCUCAUGUGGGUGGUGCUGCAGAGAAAUGAGAUGCGGUUCGUGGAGGUUGGUGUCACAAAAGACUUUAAGGUGCCCUCCAUCAAUGGACUCAUUGAAACACUUCGCAGGGGACUUCUUCUUGACCCACUUUCCUCCAGCGGCAACACUGAGACGGAGAUCACGCUAUCGCUGCCGAAGCGUGCGUGGGUUGAGCCUCUUCAGACUCUCUACGCCAUCUUUGUGGAUCCCGUCGUGGAGUUUCUUCGUGCCCUUGAUCCGCUGUUCCUGAGCAAAAACGGUGUUAUCACGAUGAUCCCGACGGAGCAGCUGUGGCUCGUGCCAUUCAACGCACUCAUUGCGCGGAACGGCAACUUUCUUGUGGAGGACUUUGCGGUACAGCUUGCAUUUUGUGCCACGCAAUGCGCCUUCUCUGUGCUGAGUGCCAAACGUGUACUCCAGCGAGACCUACAGCGUGACGUGGUGUUGGUGCAGCGUGAGAUUGACGCGCCGGCGUUGCAUCUGCUGUCGCAUGUGGCAUUUCCUUUCGAUUCGCUGCGUUCUCGAAAGGAGGGGGAUUUGAUUGUCCGCACAUUGGCGGAGAACAAGCGCAGUGUUCUUCAGAGCACCCGCACGACAGACUCCGUCUGCGUCACCACAAGUUCCGAGACGCUCGUGGAGGACCUCGACGCAUUCAGGGAGCUCCUGCCGAAGAGUCGCACGGUGUUUAUCGCAACAUCCACAACGAGUGCAACACGCAAUGACGAUAAUAGUGCUGGUGCCAUAUGCAUGGCGGUCUCACAUGAGGAGAUUGACCUGCUGCGCUCCUCUGAAAUUUCACGAAUGCGGCUGUUUGCGGAGCUCGUGGUGAUUAGCAACACAAACAUGUCCAACGCACGUGUGGCGGGAACACAUGACGAUGUUCAGGGGCUUAUUCGUGGGUUUUUCUCCAGCGGUGUGCCUUGUGUCAUUGUUGGGCAGUGGUGCACGCCCGAUAUGACUCCGUCGGAGCUUUUUUCAAAGUUUUUCCAGCUGCUCUCGGAGGCAAACAAUAAGCCACGAAGAUUCAGCUGUAGCCAUGAGGUGGCCACGACAGCAAUCGCUACGGCAAAAACAACAACAUCGGACGCGGAGUUGAAGCAUCCCGUGAGAGCAAACGAUGAGGAUGAAGUUGGCGGUCAUGAUGCGGCAUGUUUUUAUCGCCACAAAGCACUUCUUCUCGCGUGGGCUAUUCGGGCACUGCUAGAGGAUAAUUUCUUCCGCUUUGCUCCUCGCACCUGGGCAGGAUACUGCUGCGUCGGAUACGGGUCGCAUCAGUAG